CUCUCUUCUAAACAACAUCGGAACAACGGCAAAUAACGCGCGCUUGGUUAGCUGUGAAGUGGAAGUUGCCACAAACCCGAAACUCUUUCCAUUUCUACUUUAAUGCUAUGAGUGUUUGUGUGUGUGUCCGUACAAUUUCCCUAUGACAACGAUGAGCUACCAGCCAGCUUUUCACAAGUGAAUGAAUGAUGACUACAAGUUUGGCAAAGAAGUAAUGGGGGAAUUGUAAAAACUAAAUGUGUUCCAUUGACAUUUUCGGGGCAAAAAAAAAAAGCCAAAAGAAAGCGAGUGUUUUGUGUUGUGACCCCUUGAACUUGUCUCAUUGCAAAAGAAGCGAAUCCCCAUUGUGGCUGGCUGACAAAGUUCGAAUCGAAUCAGUGAGGUUGAAGUGAAGUGAAGUUGUUUUGAAGGUUUUCGUGCUCUACGCUUGAGUAAAAAAAGACAACAAAGAGACGCGUAAUUGAUGUUGUUUGUAAUGGAUAAAUAACAAAUCAAACAAACGAACCGAACUCCGAAAAAGCUACAACAACAAGUGUAACAAUUUGCCAUCAACCAAACAUUAAUUUGGAAAUGCAAUCAAUGUAUCUAGCCCCACUGCCGGAAUUGUAUCUCAUUGUAUGUGGAACAGAAAUGUUUUAAUGAAUUGUUGAACUUCAACUAAAAUUAAUGAGCGACCAGGCCAGCAGGGCCAGUUCGUCACGACGUGUUGUAAUAAAAGUUUGGAACGCAUACCAUCAUCGUAGGCACUCAUGCAACAAUGUGUCGGAAUGUGUGGACAUGAAUGGUGAUCGUAAAACGGGUCAGUGAUAACUCUUUGCGGGCAAGCAACAAUAUCAAGCCGAAUUAAGUGCUUUCUCAUUCAUUCCGAAUAACAACAAACAAAGAAGAAAAAUAAGAAGAACGAACGUACGCGAACGUGUUUGGCAUUUGAUGUGUCUCGAAUUACACUUUCCAUUUAUGGUACCUUCUUUCGUACCUAACUCUUCUCUGAAGUUAUGAAAAACUAAAAAUAGAUCGGGAAUAUCUAAACAAAUCUACAAAAGCGGGUACUACAAUUAGUUAUCCAGUUCAUAUCUUAUAUACAGUAGUAGAUAAAUAUAUCCUGAAAUUUUAACAACUUAUGGCCUGUUAGCUGUUCAACUUCGUUUCCUAGAUUUUCUACCAAAACUUUUGAUGCCCCAAAUUUUGAAUUGCUGCUAAAAACCUGGAACCAACAACAAAAUGUCAUCGGAACGUUUUCACAAAGCCGCCAAGGAUGGUCUCUUGGAUGUCCUAAAAGAGGCCACACGCAAAGAUGCCAACUCGAAAGAUGACGAUUCAAUGACACCGGUGUUAUGGGCAGCAUUCGAAGGACAUUUGGAAGCUCUACGGCUGUUGUGUGGCAGAGGAGGUGAUCCCGACAAAUGUGAUCAGUUCGGUAAUACAGCCCUGCAUUUGGCUGCGGCCAAGGGCCACUUGCGCUGUGUGGAUUUCCUGGUGAAAUUUGGCGUCAACAUUUAUGCCCUGGACAUUGAUAAGCACAGUGCCAAAGAUUUGGCAGCUAUUAACAAUCGAGAUGAGAUUUUGCGUUACUUGGAUGCGGCUACGGCAAAUUUCGAAGCCAGCGAUAGAAAAAAGGCCAAAGCCAUGAAAGAAGUGGCCGAAAAGAAUUGUGAAAAACGCAUAAAGGAGUAUAUGAAACGUCAGCAGAAACAAGAUCAGGAACAAAAGGAACCGAAAUCCCCAACGACGGCCACGAAUGGCAAGUCCGGCAAAAUGUUGUCCACAUUAAAACAGAAAAUAUGGUCCAGUCAGGGAAAUUUACAUAAGAUACCCAAGGAAAAUUCUCCCACGGCAAGUAGUGGAGGUGUCAAGUUCAGUGAGUUGGUACAAACUGGAGGCAGUACGGCUGGCAGUAGUGGCGGUGGUUCGGUGGCCAGCCGCAAAGGCAAUACAUUUUCCUCGAAAUCCAAGGCCUUUUCUUCGGGCGGAGGCGAUUCUGGCUUUAAAAUUGGGGAAAUAGAACCAGAUGGCCGAAGGACAAUAACAUCUUUAAGUGGUGUUCAAAGAGAUUCGGAGAUUUUAUAUGUGGGAACAUUUAGUUCCAACGAGGACAACUGUAAGCGGGGUAAAAUCAAUGGGCUUUUCGAAACUGAAGAAGCCGGAAAUUCAGACAAUGAGUCGAGUAAUAAUAAGUCCUCGUAUGGUACAUUGUCACGAUCCUUUUCUCAGCCAGAUAUUUUGGGUGAUAAUGAGGCCAAGGAUACGUUGCGGCCGGAGAUACAACUUCAAAGACCAUCGGGUUUAUUCGAUAGGCCAAUGUUGGGCAGCAUUGCAUUUAGGCGUUCCGUAACGGCUGCCCUGAGCCAAUUGAAUACCGAUGUCUAUAGCGGCCUGGAGGAGAAUGCCACCACCACCCAACCGUCCACAAGAACCAGUUCGAUAUGCUCGAAAUCACGUUCAGCCAAACAGCGAUCAUUUUUGAAUCUCACCGAUUCGGAUUCCGAUGGGGCCGAUGGGUUUAGUGAUGACGAUGACCAGGAUGUGGCUGGUGGGCCAAUACAACGUUUUCUCACCGUUUGGGGUUUGGAGGAGUAUCUGCACAUAUUUCAGAAACAACAAAUCGAUUUGGAUACCCUGCUCCUGCUAACCGAAGCCGAUCUCAAGUCCUUGGGUUUGCCUUUGGGACCCUUCCGCAAGCUAAGCUUUGCCAUUCAAGAGCGCAAAAAUGCUCUGAGCAAUCCUGGGGCCAUACGCGAUUCCCAUCUUUAGUGGAUUGCACUGCCCCACUAUUUUGCGACCCACCCAGUAUUCCAAUAAUUCAGAGACUUGAGUUUUCAUUUGCGAAUUUGUUCAGUGUUUGUUUAUUUUUUAAGUUAUUUUCAUUGAAAAUAUAUCGAUUUUGUUCUAUUAACUAAAUAAUACAGCUAAAAA